GAGAUAUGGCAUUUACUUCUUCUAUGCUUGGCCUUGGGGGUUCAUCAUCAUCUAUGCCAUCAACCUAUAGAGAGGUUCCUUUGUCACAUUUGCGUACUGCGCACCAGGAUGGCAGUCCUCAUAAUGACAGGAACCCUGGAUGCGUCUUUCCCUUCAGAACCCCAGUGUCAUUUGAUGAACAUCUCCGAGGAAAUAUUUCUAAUAAUUCUCAAGACCUAAGGUUGGAGCAAUCAAAGUUCGGAUCUGUGAUUGGCAAAUCAGUAUUCACUCCAAAAUCCAACAUACUAGAAGUCCAACCAUCACUACUUCAUAUAGUAAUGGGGGUUGGAGAAAAGGUGAUAUCACACUUGGAGAAGGAAAUUGGUAAUAAUUGUUUGUUUUUCUAUAGAACAAAUCGUAAAAUUAAAGGCGUGACUAUCGUGAUGAACUGGAGGACAAAUUUACUCAAGGAAUAA